AUGGCUAUCGCCUCCGCUUCUCCCAGUCCAGCUCGAGCUAAUCUACGACGCUCAGCGUCCCAAAAGAAAAUCGUCAAUGUGGAUUUGACGAUGGACAGUGAUGACGAGGAUGUUAUUCCAUCGAAGCGUGACCAAGUUAACGGAGUCAAGAGGAAGCGGAUUGAGUUAUCCGUUACCCCAUCCGAAUCCCCUGAGCCUUCCAGACCUUCUUCAUCAAAAGAUGUACAAGGAGACGACGAUGAAGAUGACGAAGACGAAGAUGUGGAAUAUGAAGUAGAAUACAUAGUAGAUUCAAGAUAUAUCAAAUUCAGAGGGAAGAAAAACUUGGAAUAUUUGAUACACUGGACUGGUUAUUCAAUCAAAGAUAGAAGUUGGACGCAAGCAGAUCAAUUCGAGAACGAUGAUCCACCUGUAUUAGCCUUUUAUAAGAAAAAUCCAACUAAACCAGGUUCAGAUAGAAUUUUAAGUCUCAUUAAGAAUAAAAAAAUCGAUAAAUCUUCGAAAAAGCUCAUUGACGAAGACGCACCUUCAUCAGUGAAGCAGGUAACCUCGAUAAUUGCUUCGUCGGAAAAUAAGGUUGCUUCGCCAGCUAAAGGAUCAUCUUCGCUCAAAGAAGUGACUUCUUCGCCAGUCAAUAAGACAUCUUCGUUGACAUCUUCAUUGAUACAAGGAAAUGAAAGGAAUAAGCAGAACAAUUCUGCUGUUCAAACGAAAUUACCAACAAACGAAAAAACGAAGCCAAAUGGAUCUUUAGGUAUCAAAAGUUUCUUCCAAGUCUUGGAUAAGAAAGGUAAAGGUAAAGAAAACAUCAAACCUCCACAAAUCCAAUCAUCCGAUAUCGAAAUGGACAACACACCGACUGUGACGAGUGGAAGAUCUACCCCUCAGAGACGAUCAGCUGUAAAAUCGAAGAAACCAAUGGCAGAACCCCCGGCGAAGAAGCGCAAAACUAUCGUUUUGUCAGAUGAUGAUCCUGAGCCAUCUAGUGACGGUGAAGAUGAUGGCAGUGACUUCGUAAUGGAGGAAGGAGACGAGAAAGAGAAACCUGAUAGUGAUAACGAUGAAGAUGGUGAUUUCAAGUCUGAUGCUGAUAGUGCUCACGAAGGAGAAGACGAUGAUGAUGAUGACGAACCCGAGGAGGAAGAAGCGAAAACUUCCACUGCUAGAAAGGUAGGGGGUUGGAAUGUCAAAGUCAAAGCUCCUAAGAAAGCGCCUGUCAAUCUUAAAGGAUUCAAGUCCGGUGUGAAACCUUUAGGACAGAAAUUAGAGAUCAGAAAUGCGAUCAAGAACAUGAGUGAGGAUCUUCCACCAAUGAAUGACAUUGAAGUCAUGUUUGAUCAUCUGGUCUCGAGAGUGCCAGACAUCGUGCAACUGGUAGAGAGACUGAAUGGAAGAAAAUUGAGGGUAGCUACAAUGUGCUCAGGCACCGAGUCCCCUCUACUUGCGCUCAAUAUGAUUGCGAAAGCCCUCAAAGUACAACAUAAUCGCACGCUCUCCUUCGACCAUGUGUUUUCCUGUGAGAUUGAGCCAUUCAAACAAGCUUAUAUCGAACGAAACUUUGCGCCUCCGGUCUUGUUUAGGGACGUCACUGAAUUAGGUAGAAAGAAGGCUCACACUGCUUACGGAUCCCUGGUUGAAGUUCCAGGCAAUGUAGACAUUCUGAUCGCCGGGACUUCCUGUGUCGAUUACUCCAACCUGAAUAAUGUCCAACAAGAUAUCGAUGCCAACGGAGAGUCCGGAAGGACUUUCCGGGGAAUGCUCCAGUGGGUCAAAAAGCAUCAACCUCCAGUAGUCAUCUUGGAGAAUGUGUGCAAUGCACCUUGGGACAAAGUCGUAGGAUACUUUGCACAAAUCGACUAUGACGCUCAAUUCACUCGACUUGAUACCAAAGAAUUCUACAUCCCACAUACACGGACCCGAGUCUACCUAUUCGCUACUCCUUGUAAGAAAAACGAUACAUCAAACUUGGCCGAGAAAUGGGCUUUGUCUGUGAAAGACAUGCGUCGGCCAUGGUCCUCUCCCUUUGAAGCGUUCUUACUUCACACCGACGACCCAAAUAUCCAUCGAGCUCGACUGGACCUUGCUUCCGCCAAAGAGCAGAAAGAUGGCACUCAACGAAAAGCGACCGAUUGGGGUCGAUGCGAAUCUCGACAUCAUCGUGCUCGACAAGACGAGGCUCUUGGUAUCUUACGACCCCUCACAUCUUGGCAAGAAGCCGGAGUCUGUAAAGGCCUCGACUGGACCUGGAACGAUUGGUUACUCACGCAAACAGAGAGAGUUCUGGAUUUGCUGGAGAUCUCAACCUUGAGAAUGGCCAAAGAGGGUACAGAUUCCGGAUUCAAAGCUUGUAUCUGGAACGUCAGUCAGAACGUGGACAGACAAGCAGGAUCUUCUAAAACUGCUCUCGCAGCUUGUCUCACCCCUAAUAUGAUUCCGUGGGUUACUACCCGAGGAGGUCCAGUAACCGGUCGAGAAGCUCUUGCUCUUCAAGGUAUCCCAGUCAGAGAAUUACUUCUGACUAGUGAAAGUGAAGAUCAAUUGGCCGAUCUUGCAGGAAACGCCAUGUCCACUACUGUCGUUGGAGCUUCCAUGUUGGCAGCACUCCGAAUUGCCGUCAAUAAACUGACUGCUGGUCAAAACGCCAAAUCCGACGAAGCAAAGCUCAAAGAAGAAGCUGCAAUCAGCGAUGAUCUUGUUUCGAAACGAAUUGUAGGGGAAAAGUAUCUUGAAAGACACGAUUUGGAUCUUGCAAAAGUCGCCAAAGCGGAUCUCGUCGAGAUGCUCGAUUUGGCUGAGCGCAGUUCAAGACACUGUCAAUGUGAAGGUCAGUCCGGCACUGCCGCUCCCAUCGAUGAAUGUGCAGCGUGCGGCUACCGAGCUUGUAAAGCUUGUGGCGGUCGGCCGGACCAUGACUACGUUCCUUGCCAGAACAUCCGAGUCGAACCUACCGAGUUCGAGAAACGAUUCAAGGAGCUUUUACCCAUGCGAGUGCAGAUUGCCGGUUUGACUGAAUCAUCUUUGUCAACUGUGAGAGAAAAGGCAAAGAAACUCGGUAAAGGUACUGUAGAUGAGAAAGACUGGAAAUUGUGGACUAAAGCUGUAUUGGAAGGAGUUGAAGAUGCGGAAUUCAGAUUCCGAUAUCUUAAACGACAAUAUACGUGGACAGCGGUGUACGAAGCUCCUCAUGCGACAUUAGACCUAUUCUUGGAAGGUCAAACGCCCGAAUGGAGAUUGACCAUCAAACCUCCCGUCACCGAGACAAACGACAGUCGACUUCGGGCAUUACUCCUUCAUCCUGUUGCAAGAUUACGAUUCGAUACCAAGGGUCAGGAUGUGCUUUGUGGUCCAUGGGAACUAUGUGUACCAUCUCGACAAUCUUUCCAAAUCGAAGUCAACGGAAAAGGAGAACUAGUUCCUACCUGGCAAGCAUCUUUAGGCCUUCAGAAUGGUUUAGAGAAAACACGUCGAUGGUCCCAUUUGGAGUUCGUCCUCCCAUCAGAAGCUGAAACUGCUCUAGAUCGUAAACUGUCUGGGACUUACACCCUGUUGCCUAAAUGUGGUCAAGCCAACUCUUCACUUCACAAGAAAGAAGCCGAUCCCGCCGAUAAAGGUCUAUCUCAACUUUACUUCUUCCUUGAUCCAACGAGGUGUGGCGAAUCAGAAGAUGAUUCAUAUGUGUUCUCAAUUUCCAAAGAAAGGUUAGACUUUGGCACCGAGCGAGCUGUCAUAGCGGUUCUUGAGCCAAAAUGGAGGGAAAAUUCCAAAACUCAACAGAAAGUCAGGCUCGACGUAAGAGGUGGCUGGGUGAUAUGUGAUGAAGCUCAUCUAACAGCUGUUGGAGGAAGUGAUAUAGCCGUUGUCGAGGGAUCAAGCAAGUCAGGCUCUGUUCAUAGGGAUACAGCGACUUUUGCUAUUCCUCCUUCAGCAUCUUCGAUCUCAACCAACUUGUCUAAUGAUGGCUGUACACAUGCUUCAGCUUUGCUUGCCUGUAGGGUUCCUCUGGAUCCUGCUCAUUCGGAAAGUAUGUGGAGACCAGACACUUGGGGAGAGAUAGAUCUACUCCAUCAAGGUAAUGCUACAUUCGCAAACCUAGCUUGGAUUACGGAAAGAAUACCCGCAUUGGAUAAACUGAGCAAAUGGACCGCAUUGGCUGACGUCGAUGCUUCUGGAACCGCUUGCGAAAGGUGUGCACCCAGGCCCCCUAAGAUCCACUGGAUCAAGAAAGCCGGAACACUCAACAAGAAUGGUAAUAAGACAAAGGCUACCAUCAUCGCUUUCGAAGAUAAGCUUGAGGCAGGUCGCUAUGAGCAUGCCCUUAAAAACCGACCCGCUCCUUUCGUUGUCCAACUUCGACUAGAUAAAGACAUUGGAUCCUUCCGAAUUGGUCUCAACAUUGUAUCCCUUGCUCACCGUGCACUCUCCCGACUUCCUCUGAAUACUAAUAAAGGUCAAAUCAAAUUAUCCUGGAAGAUGACACCUGGUCAGCUGGCAGACGUGCCUGAGGCUCCACGAGUGUUCAUGAUUCCCAGCAACAAGCGCGAUCCUGAAGAUAAUCAGCCAAAGGGUUUCAAGCUCCCUCUACGAGUGGAACAACUUCGAUCAUUGUGGUGGAUGAAAGAGCAGGAAUCACCCACAGGUAAAACACAUACUUUCAUUGAAGAGGAAAUUUCAGAAGCUGCUUUACCAUCAUUAGGCUGGAGAGCCGAAGGAAAAGCUGAACGACCAGUCAUGGUACGAGGCGGUGUCAUUGCCGAUCAAGUCGGUUAUGGUAAAACCAUCAUUUCACUUGCUCUCGUCGCCGAGACUAGGAACCUACCUGCACCUGAACCUGCACCUGCUGGAUUAAUUGAUCUCAAAGCUACACUCAUCGUUGUUCCCGGACAUCUGAGUAAACAAUGGCCAAGUGAAAUCAAAAGGUUCACAGGUGGCAUGUUUACCGUUCUUGUUUUGCAAAACAUGGGUGAUCUUCGUUCGAAGAGUAUCACAGAAUUAUCCAAGGCGGAUAUAAUAGUAAUGGCAUCUGAGAUUUUCGAAAACGAUGGUUAUUGGGAAAGAUUUGAAUACCUGUCUGGACAACCUGAAAAUUGGUUGAAUGAUAAACAAGGCGGAAGAUUCUUCAAUGAUAGAUUAGAAACUGCUUUCGAAUCGUUGCAAGAACAAACUGAUUUCUUACAUUUUCAGGGAUCUGAAUAUGCUGUGAUGAGAUUGAAAGAAAAACAAAAGAAAGCGAAAGAAGACGCUGAACAGAAGAAAGAAGCUCAUAAGACUUCAGAGUUUGGUAAAAGGAUGAAAGGUAAAGCUUACAGAGAUAAAUAUGAUGACCAGUCAAAUGGGAAUGGAAAGAAGAACAGUAACAAGACUGUGGAAGAUAUUGAAAAGUGGGAAGCUUCAGAAGAUGAAGAAAGUGAUGAUGAGGAUGAGCUUGCCAGCAUCCCAGUCCCGUCCUUCAGAAAUGCCAAAGGAACAGAAUCCUUUGCCAGCUCUUCAGUCGCUACAAAUUACAAAGCUCUUUCCUGCCCUGUCAUGCAUAUGUUCCGUUUCCGAAGAGUUAUUGCCGAUGAAUUCACCUACCUUGACAAGAAGGCUCUCGCUGCCCUUCUGCGACUGACUUCAUGUUAUAAAUGGGUCCUAUCUGGUACUCCCCCAGUCAGCGAUUUUCCUGCUAUCCGAAGUAUCGCUGCUUUCAUGGGUAUCCAUCUUGGUGUUCCAGAUGACGCAGAGGGCAAUGCCCAAGCUCAAAAAGCUAGAGCCAAGGAACAAACUCAGGCUGAAAAGUUCCAUGCUUUCCGUGAAAUCCAUUCUCAAGCUUGGCACAGACGACGAGACGAUCUGGCUCAAGAGUUCUUGAAUGUGUUUCUCAGACAGAACAUCGCCGAGAUUGACGACAUCCCUACUGUCGAACAUAUACAUCACAUCAAAUUGCCUGCUUCCGAAGGUGCCGUAUACUUGGAGUUGGAACAUCACCUUCAAGCGUUGGAGAUGCAAGCCCGAAGAGAAACAAAAUUCAAAAACGUCACCCAAGGAGAUCGAAAUGCCAGACUGGAAGAAGCACUAGUCGAUUCCAAGACUGCUGAAGAAGCUCUUCUCAAACGAUGUUGUCAUUUCACAUUAGAUUUGACUGAUAAGAAGAGAGACGCGAAAUCAGCUCAAGAAGCUUGUGAACAUAUCACUAAUGCAAGGAGUACCCAACUCUUAGGAUGCGAAGAAGAUCUAACUCGAUCAAUCCACGAAGCUGUAGCCCUACAUUGCUGGAUCAAGAAGAAGGGUAUCUCUGCUUGGAAUGAGAAUGAAAAACAACAUUUCCAAGAAUGGGUAGAUUUCUCAAGUGAUCCAAAACAGCAUCAAGGUGAUUCCGAAGCUGCCAAUCGACUGAUAGCUGUUCUUGCUAAAUGUGGAAUCAAGAACGGAGUCAUACCCAGAGACCCCAUCAACAAGAAACCUGCCAAAAUUGAAAAAGGUGGUAAAGUUGAAGAUGUGAAAUGGCAAUUGCGAGAACAAAGUCACCUACUACGAAAAUUAUCCAAAGAGCUGGUUGCUCGAGUCAGAUCACUCCGAUUCUUCGAAGUGGUAAGGAAACUGCAGAGGAAUGGACCGGAAGCUAAAGCAGUACUAGAAGCAUCUGAAUGUGGACAUAGACCGUCAACUAACCCAGACCAAGAAAUGGCAGUCUUAUCAUGUUGUGGACAUGUAUCAUGUCUUGCAUGUAUGAAGAAAUCUGCCGAUCAACAAAGAUGUGUUAAAGGAGAAGAUUGUCAUUCAGCUGUUCGACAUACCAACAUCGUCAAAGUCAAAUCGUUGGGUAUAGAAGGAGAAUUAUCAUCGGGUAGAUUCGGAGCCAAAUUGCAGAAAUUAGUUGAUCUGAUUCAUUCAAUACCUAAAGAUCAAAGAGUUUUAGUUUUCUUGCAAUGGGAAGAUUUAUCAUCUAAAAUAUCAGAAGCUUUAACGGUUGGCAAAAUACCACAUGUAACGUUAACUGGACAAGUCAAAGCAAGAGCCAAUACAUUAGAUAAAUUCCAACAAUCCGAUGCUGGAACUUCCCGUGUGUUGUUAUUAAAAAUGAAUGACGCUUCAGCAGCAGGAUCGAAUUUGACAACGGCCAAUCAUGCGAUUUUCCUAGGUCCUCUCUUCACGAACUCGUUGUUGAAUUACAGAGCUGUUGAAACUCAAGCCAUAGGUAGAAUAAGAAGAUAUGGUCAGGAACGUAAAGUUCAUAUUCAUAGGUUAUUAGCUCUUGAUACGAUCGAUAUAACCAUUUUCAAUAAUAGAAGAGAGGAAUUAUUGGCAAAACCUGAUUAUGAACAGGUUCCAAUAGAAGAAUAUAAAGGUAAAAAAAUAAUUCCAUCAAAAUCAAAAUCCCAUUCAAAACACUCUGAUAAUGUACAAGUGGAAAUUAUAAGUCCAAGAAAAUCAAGAGCAGAAUUGAACUCAAGAUCAACAAACACAAUGACGAGUAGUAGUCAAGAAGAGCCAAUUGAGAUUGAUUAA